CAACAAAGCAGCUGCUUUUUUGGACAUAUUUACGUGUUUGUCUUUUUUUUGCCUGCUUUCUGUUUCGAUUUUGGUGUUUCCUAUCGCUUUGGGAUCAGCUAGGGUCUCGGUUUUAAGAAAAGGUGAAGGAUUCAUGAUUAUUUUUUGAACCUCGCUGGGUGUGUGAUAAGAUUAAGAUCGACUGUCCUGCAUGUUGAUUCAGUAUGACGCAGUGGAGUCGAAUCUUUGCGUCUGCGUUGCACUUUACGCAGCUCACCAAUGGCAGUCGCACGGGCGGCAGAAAGUUUGUGACAAAAUCCGGGAGCAAAUCGUCGUGGACGAAUAUCUCACCAGGGACGACCAAGACAAAGCCAGCUCAAGCGCAAUGGCGCGUGAAGCAAAUUGUAGCUCAACUAGAAGAGCGACUCGGCGAUAAGAAGGACGAUGGACAGUCACAUGCAAAACCGUUGCAGAAGCAAGUGAGCCUGCCGAUACUAUCUGCACGAGGUGCAAAGCAAGGCGACUCCUCGUGCUCACCAGUAACUUCCGCCACUAGCGCUGGAACAUGCUCCGAGCCGUGUCCAUCUACGGUGCAGUGUGACAAGCCGGCUUCGUUCCCAGGGGCGGAGCGAUGUUGUGAUUUAGGUAGCCCGACCGGGGGCCGGGAACGUUGGGCCGACGCACAAGAAAGUGAUGAGGACGCCACUGUGCAGAUUAAUUUCGGCUUGUCGCCUUCCUCUGAACCGCAGCAAAGCCCUGGGGUGUGUGAUCAGCCAGUACAGGGCGGAAAUUUGGGCCCAAGUAAACGGAGACAUCAGCGUCAAAAGGUAUAUUACGUGAGAUUGAAGUCGAGCACAAGUGAUAUGAACUACAAGAAGUCGCCUGUACGUGAGAUUGAAGUCGCCUGUAAGUAGCGCUCAGGUAGUACACGUGGGCUUCCUGUUUACAACGCAUGAAACGAAACAUAAAGGCACUGUUUCAUUUGUCUCCACGACUUCAGGCCCGAAAUAAAGUGCCUGGUUGCGUUGAUCAACAGCAGAAGCCUUUUCAUUUGCGGAGCGCUAAGGCGGGUGGAGCCGACGCAGGUGGAGGAUCCGAUGUGGCGGAGAGAGGCUGCGAGAAGCACGUCCUCGACGGACGACCAAAUUCGGAGACAUAUCUGCGAACGCCUUUCAGUAACCCCACACUACCAGAUAAUGCUUCGCAGCAGGAGCAUCCGUUUGACGAGGAUUUGGCAACGAAGCUUGGAGUGAAGUGGGACAAGCAGUUGCCAGUUGGGCAAGCGAGGGCGUUAGUGAAGAAUCGCAUGAUCGGGAUGAAAUCUUUGCAGGACGGGGUUACGUGGAAAGGCUGGCCGUGGUCUGAAGAAGCGCACUUGCGGCUGCGUCGUGCGAUGACGACCAAGGCGCUUGAUCCGGUGACGUUUGAAGUUUUGGAGCGCUCGUCAGUGGAGGUGCAGCGGUUGCUUGUGACGGGCAAUUUUCUUGCGGUGAAAGAAGAGUGGAGGGCGCUGCUCCUGGAGAGCAUGCAGACAAGCAAAUCGGCCGGGCUGAUGAACGUGCCUGUGGAAGUACUAGAGGAAUUUGUCUUGGUCGUGUACCGCUGUGAAGUUUGAGAUCUUUCAUGACGCAGACUAGUGUCGUGUGCGAUUCUUAUUCAUCCGCUUCAAAGUGCUCAUGUCCAAAAAGGAUCAGAGGUUCAAAUUUCCUUUCCGUUUUGAAAAUUUUUGAUACACUAAACGCUCUCUACAGGCUUUGAUUUUGACGGUGAAGGAGUUUGCGCCUCUACACGGUUGUGACAAAGUCAUGCAGGAGCUAGACCAGUACUUGGAGCCCCUCCAUCCCAACAUGAUUCCAGAUUCUGGAGAUCCGCGGGGUAUCGCGAUAAGCCUCUGGCGACGCACUCCACUGUUUCAAGAGACAGCAGGUACAAAAGCGACGGUUUCCGCAAAGAGUGUGCUAGACGGCAGCAGUCGCGAGUUGGGACCCACGCAUCUACAGGAUGACGCCGAAAAAACGGGCGCGGACGCUAAGAAAAGCCGGCCGCUUCUAGCGAAGUUGUCCGCAGAGAAAUCUACGAGCGCCCAGACAGCCUGCGCGGUUGCCGAUGUCGACUUCUCACCGAGUGGUCUGGGGCUGGCGGCGAUGGCCAAAAUGGUGCAAGAGACGAUUGGCAGUGGCACGCAGUCCCUUGGAUCGGAGUUGCUUCAUCAGAACGAAAGUAUCGAGGUUUUGCAAGAGCCUGUCGAAGAGCCCUGCGACAGCAGCACCGCUGACUGCGCGGCAGGCCUCGGAAACGGCGCAAAUGCAAGCUUCGACCUUAUAGCGAGCAGACUGCACGGAGACGGAGCCUUCAUGGCGAGUCCUGCUCCAGCAACAAGCGGACAAGAUACAGUUCCGCACGAGACCACACGACCGAGCGUGGCGGCUAAAGAGCUCCCAGCAGGCAUACAAGGAAACGCGAAUUCCAGUUCCUCUACAAGCAUCGCGACGGGUCCGGAAGAUAUGGCGAAUCACAUGACGGGAGACGAAACUCUUGCGAGCGCAAGCGGGUUGUGGUCACAAAGUUUGAGUUCCGCAGUGUCGACUGCCAGCGACGAUUUGGCGGCACCGAUUCGGAAACUGACAUCGGUGAAUCCUUUGCUACUGCUAGAGCUCUGCACGAUGAGCACACAACUCCUGCAAUUGCUCCAACAGGACGACGACUUGCGGCAGUGCUUCUCGCGGUGGCAGGGUGCGAAAGAGGGCGGGCUCUCGACGUCUGGAAACUCUGAAGAUAAAACGCAGUUGAAAAUCGCAGAAAUGGUGGCAAGUAUGGAAAGCCUCAAGCGGGAGCUCGAGCAGCAGUAUAGUGAAAGGAAGGACAAGAUCACGACGUGUGGAGAAGCUGAUACGCGAGGUGGCUCGGCAACUACUUCUUCAACAUGCACUUCAUCUGCCCACCAGCCUGCGGUUAAAACCGCAGUAGAAAUAGAGGCACAUCAAAGUGCAGCCGCGGCUUCGAAUCCUUUUCUCGUGAUGGCACAAUUGGCGACGUGCAAGUUCUUGCAAACCGGGUCUCUUGACCUGUUUCCGUCCCAGCUUCUGUUUCCCGGAAGACUUCCGCUACCGACCGGUGGUCCCGUCGGCCUGCAGCCGACGGGCACCCUGGGACCUGCAGCGGGUCCUCUUCUCAGCCAAGCCGGUGCAGCGCUUCCUAGCGGUGUUGUCCCGGCGAAUCCUGCGGAAACUUCGGGCCCGGGUUUAUCUUCAGCGUCCGGGGCCACGGCGAAUUCUGUCUUGGCGGCGGGACAAACACAAAGUGCCGGCGCGAUGCCGAGCAAUUCGCUCGCGCGGCCCGGACAAGCGGCAACAGCGAGCGGAAAUGUAGGAGCGCCCGCAUCUUGGACGGUCGACCCAGCCCUUGCGUGGGCCGCCUCUCUCGGGCAGCAGCAGAUAGUUACAGCGCCCCCCGAGGUUCAGAUGCCGCUGCUGGGACCUCAGCAAGUUUCUCCUCUACAAGUUUCUCCUCCCGGUGCACAGUUUCUAGCUGCAAGCGCGCCUGAAGGAACAAUUUCUUCGCAACAAGUUCCCAUCCGAAACAGUGGUGAGUUCGGGUUUCCAGCUUGGAGCAAUGGCGUGCAAGUACAGGAUGUCCAGAGCGAGCAGGCACUUUUCGCAUCUGGUGUUUAUUCGGCUUGCGGUCAAUUCCCGAUGAUGUGCUGUCCCGCCCCACCAUGGAGUCCGCAGUUGCAGUUCGACCCCUCUUUCAUGGAGGGUGGAUAUUGUCCGUCCUGGCCUUCCUCCUGUCCUCCUUACGCUUGCGGCUUCCCGCCUGUGAGCAGUCAACAGGCUGCGGGGGCGGCUGCAGUGGAGGGCUGCUGGGAACAGCACCCGCAAUCGCCGACCGCAUCCUUCGAAAUGCCGCACCGUGUGCACGACCGUAGCAAAAAAACGAGCCAACGUUCUUGGUCCGCAACGCGAUCCCAUCAAACCAAGAAAGAACCUUCGCAGGUCUCUAGGCGCCAGCGCCACCGGGAGGCGUUCUAUCAACAAAAUGCGGAGGCAAUCUUCACCAAGGGGCCAAAUCAAUUAUCCACCUUAGAUGGAGGAAGUGUAGAAGUGGGUGACCGGUCUCGUCACCCACCCACGGAAAACCCAGAUUCAAUAAGCUCCUACCUGGAGGACAAAAUGCGCAGGUUCCCUCCCGGAUAAAAAAAAAUGGUAAUGGUUUUUGAACGAGUUCGAGUAACUGUAACUUUCGUACUAGUACAUUCACACGUCCUUCUCUUCGUCUAGUGUGCCAGUGCGCGGGCUUUGUCGUCGCGAUUUUGUGCUGCGCGUAUCUUUUUUUGCUAGGAGCGUUGAUUGUGCCGCUUUUUUUUUGUGAAAAAUUUAUUAGUAUCUACUUCAGAGUCGAACGGACGAAACGCAUUCCUCUGUAGUUGCAGUCCGAACACUGUUUUAGUUUUGUUUUCAAUAUGAUGGAAUUGGCGAUAUAAAAAACCGUAGAAACAACUUAAGCUUAACAAACAAGGGUGAAAAAUGUGACUGCGCAAUGGUUAUACGGCACUGAAAUAAAAGCCCGACGGAUCGGCCAAAAGUUACUUACUUUCGUAUGCGCGGUAAGAGCCGGUAGCCGCUAUUUUGAACAAUAUACGUAACUUUUUCUCGUCUACUUUUGGAAAACAACAUCCGCAUGGCUUUGCAUGACUGUUGUUUGUAUUUUUAUGCUACUACUAAUUUUGAUUUUCUUGGGAAUACAAAAAUAAAAGGGCGCACCAACCGGUGUGUGUUUCUAUGUUGUAUGUACUCGCUCCCGAUAAGGUUCGCGCUGUCGACUUCUUCAGCUUUUCGACAAAUGUACACGCAUAAUUCAGGUCUCUUUUGUUUCUCUCGAUUAGGUCUUUCGAGGAUUGGACCGAGUCCAGCAGUAUUCGAGAAUUCAUGAAGAAAGUGGCACACCACGACUCGCUCUCUUCCACUGUCUUCAGAUGGUCGUGUGGCCAACCUUUCACUAGGAGCAUGGCAGUAGCA